AAAAAAAAAAGUCAUUUGUUUUCUUUGUAAUGCCUGGCACACUAACAAAUAUGACCAACAAACUCGAUAACUCUCUAAAGUCGGCUCCAGCCCCCAAAAAGGGCUCCAAGAAGGCGGUGACCAAGGCGCAGAAGAAGGACGGCAAGAAGCGCAAGCGCAGCCGCAAGGAGAGCUACUCGGUGUACGUGUACAAGGUGCUGAAGCAGGUGCACCCCGACACUGGCAUCUCGUCCAAGGCCAUGGGCAUCAUGAACUCGUUCGUCAACGACAUCUUCGAGCGCAUCGCGGGCGAGGCGUCGCGCCUGGCGCAUUACAACAAGCGCUCGACCAUCACGUCCCGGGAGAUCCAGACGGCCGUGCGCCUGCUGCUGCCCGGCGAGCUGGCCAAGCACGCCGUGUCCGAGGGCACCAAGGCCGUCACCAAGUACACCAGCGCCAAGUAAAAGUUUUUCAACAUUUUGCUCUUUUUAAAGGCUCUUUGUAGAGCCGCUCAAUUUUGCAUAUACAGAGUUGUAAUAGCAAGGUCCCUUAGCAGGCUUCUUAAAGCAUGUUUUGUCUUUUUACAGAUUUGUUUCCAUAAAAUGUGAGAAGUAUUUUAUUAUGAGAUGUUUAUUGGAACUUAUGUUACUCUUUAGAGCCGCUUACAUUAUGUGAAAUGUGUAUAAUAGGAAUUUGGCUAAAGCUCUGAAACAAAUAGUUGUGUUUUUGUGUGUGUUCUUUAAAUUUUUAAUUUGUUCUUUGUUCCCUCAUUUACACUUUAAAAUAAUUUCAUAGUAGGUGUCUGGGACUUAAAGGUUUUAUGUUUCAGUUUUUGUACAUUGGUUAUUUGUUUUAAUUAUAAUGUCCACAUUAUAACUAUAAUUCUAUGUAUUUCACAAAGGCUAAUUCGUGCAAUGAGAAAUUAUUUUGCAAAGUACACCAAACUCUUUAUGUCAAUCAUCCUAUAAUCUGAACUAGGCUUGGGAGAUUACUGAUCUGCAGAAUUUAAUCAUAGCUACUAUUGUAGACUGUUUCAAUGAUAAUUCUUCAAAUUUACAGUAAAAAUUUUAUUAUCCAU